AUCAUAAUCAUGAGUGUAGAAGAAAAAAAGAUUUCGGAAGUUUCAUCCAUUCCAAAACAAGAAAUGCAAGAACAGCCUGGUUUGCAACAUGAAUUGACGCCUCAACCGUUGGUUCACCAUCUCCCUGAUCAAACGGAUGACAGAAUAAAAGAAUAUCAAGCAGCGGGAAAGUUGAAGGGGAAAAUUGUCAUCAUUACUGGUGGCGACUCAGGAAUUGGCCGUUCCACUGCAGCAUUGUUUGCGAUGGAAGGUGCCGAAGGAAUUGCCAUUGAUGCGAAAGAUACCAAGGAAAGUAUUGAGAAGCACACAAACACUUGUGUUUUAUUGAUUUGCAAGGAUAUUGGACACGAACAGAAUGUCAUCGAAGUUGUUAAUGAAGUUGUGAAAAAAUGGGGAAGGAUCGAUAUCCUCGUAAAUAAUGCAUCCGAACAGCAUGUUUGCGAAAAAAUUGAAGAAAUCGAUUCUUCACAAGUGGAAAAAACGUUCAAAUCAAACAUCUUCGGGAUGAUUUACAUGACCAAACAUUGCGUUAAACACAUGAAACAAGGAAGUACCAUUAUCAACGUUUCGUCUGUCACUGCUUACCACGGCCAUCCGGUGUUGAUAGACUAUUCUUCGACUAAGGGCGCAAUCGUAUCCUUUACCAGAAGCUUAUCACUCCAAUUAGUUCAACGCGGGAUUCGAGUAAACGGUGUUGCGCCCGGCCCAAUCUGGACGCCACUUAUUAAAGCUUCGUUCUCUCCUGAAAAAAUGGAGAAAUUCGGAAAGGAAGUUCCAAUGAAAAGAGCCGGACAACCAUCUGAAGUUGCAACGUGUAACGUGUUUCUUGCAAGCAAUGACUCUAGCUAUAUUACUGGUCAGUUUCUACACCCUAACGGAGGAACCAUUGUCAAUGGAUAA